GCUGCUGCGGCUGCGGAGACGGCGACUGCUCGGCAAGGAGGGCGGGUUCCUCCGCCGGAUCGGCUUCGGGUAGGAGCCGGGCCGCCGAGGGGCGCGCCGGGGCUGUGCCCGCGGGGAAGGAGCCCCGCAGGCCCCAGGAGCAGAGAGAGUUGAAUGUCGAAAAAGAACCCCGAGAUCCCCCAGCGAAAAUGUGUGGCGGAAUCCUGCAGAAGGAGUCGACUUUCAGGGUGUUAAAGACUUCCAGUCAUUAGCAUCAGCUGCUGCACUAAAGGGGCAAGCCAGCGCCUCUAAGUGGCUUAGCGCACAAACGAGGCUCCUGAGACGGCCUCGGCCACUCCAUCCACUCUUCCACCACCUGCUGGACGUGAAAAGCUCUCCGGAGCCCACCUCGGCAGAGCCUACUUGACAGCAACACCAACACCUCUCGACAUGGAAAUACACUGAUACAAUAGGCAAAAGAAACACUCGUCUGCAUCUCCCGGUUCCAGGUGGCCUUAUUAGGGCGGUUUGAUCCUGACCUUAUUCCUGUGAUGGAGGAUUCAGGCAUCCAGCGAGGCAUCUGGGAGGGAGAUGCCAAGGCUGUCCAGCAGUGUCUGACAGAUAUUUUUACCAGCGUUUACACCACCUGCGACAUCCCUGAGAAUGCUAUAUUUGGUCCCUGCGUCCUGAGCCAUACUUCCCUGUACGACAGCAUAGCUUUCAUAGCUCUCAAGUCCACAGACAAGAGAACGGUCCCUUAUAUCUUCCGGGUAGACACUUCAGCGGCUAAUGGUUCCUCGGAAGGUCUCAUGUGGCUGCGUCUGGUCCAAUCAGCCAGAGAUAAAGAAGAGCAGAACCUUGAAGCCUAUAUUAAAAACGGACAGCUGUUUUACCGCUCUCUCCGCAGGAUUGCCAAAGAUGAGGAGUUACUAGUUUGGUACGGGAAAGAACUGACCGAGUUACUCUUGCUCUGCCCCUCUAGAUCCCACAGCAAAAUGAAUGCAGGGUCGUCCCCUUACACAUGCCUGGAGUGCAGCCAACGUUUCCAGUUUGAGUUCCCCUAUGUAGCGCAUCUGCGCUUCCGCUGCCCCAAGAGACUUCACGGCACUGAUCUGAGCCCCCGAGAGGAGCAAGGCGGCGGCGUGGGUACCAAGGAUCACGGAGGCGGCGGCGGCGGUGGCAAGGACCAACAGCAGUCGCAGGAGGCACCCUUGGGUCCUGGCCCGAAGUUCUGCAAAGCCGGUCCGGUCCACCACUACCCGGCCCCCUCCCCCGAGAGCGGUAACCCGCCGGCGGCUGGUGGCGGCAGCGGCGCGAAGCCGUCCACGGACUUUCACAACCUGGCGCGGGAGCUGGAGAACUCCGGGGGCGCCAGCAGCUGCUCCCCGGUGCGGAGCCUCGGCGGCGGCAGCGGCCACCAGGAGGCGGAGCUGAGUCCCGACGGCAACGCCGCGGGCAUGGGCAAAGGGAAGAGGAAGUUCCCGGAGGAGGCGACCGAGGGCGGCGGCGCGGGCCUGGUGGGGGGCCGGGGCCGCUUCGCCGAGCGGGCCCUGCCCGCCUCCAAGGAGGACCUGGUGUGCACGCCGCAGCAGUACCGCAACUCGGGCAGCUACUUCAGCCUGGAGGAGAACGGCCGCCUCUUCGCGCCUCCCAGUCCCGAGACGGGAGAGGCGAAGCGCAGCGCCUUCGUGGAGGUGAAGAAGGCGGCCCGGGCGGCCGGGGGGCCGGAGGAGGCGGCCGCCGACGGCGGGGGCGCGGCCGCCGAGGAGCAGGACGCGGGCACCGGCGGCGGCUCCUCUUCCACGCCUGUGGCCGCGUCCCCGGCCGGCACCGAGAAGCUGCUGGCCCCGCGGCCUGGGGGCGCGCUGCCAGGCCGACUGGAGGGCGGCAGCCCGGCGCGGGGCAGCGCCUUCACCUCGGUGCCGCAGCUGGGCGGUGCGGGCGGCGGCGGCGCGGGCGGCGGCGCGGGCGCUGGGGGCGGCGCGGGCGGGGCGGGCGGGGGCCAGGGCGCAGCGGCUGACGAGCGCAAGAGCGCCUUCUCGCAGCCGGCGCGCUCCUUCUCGCAGCUGUCCCCGCUGGUGCUGGGCCAGAAGCUAGGCGCUCUCGAGCCUUGCCACCCCGGCGACGGGGUGGGCCACACCAGACUGUACCCCGCCGCCUCCGACCCCCUGGCCGUGAAGCUCCAGGGAGCGGCGGAGCUGAACGGAGGUUGCGGGGCCCUGCCGAACGGCGGCGGCGGCGGCGGGCUGCCCAAGCAGAGCCCGUUCCUCUAUGCCACCGCCUUCUGGCCCAAGAGCUCCGCCGCCGCGGCGGCCGCAGCGGCGGCGGCUGCGGGGCCCCUGCAGUUGCAGCUGCCGUCGGCGCUCACGCUGCUGCCGCCCUCGUUCACCUCGCUGUGUCUGCCCGCGCAGAACUGGUGCGCCAAGUGCAAUGCCUCCUUCCGCAUGACCUCCGACCUAGUGUACCACAUGAGGUCGCAUCACAAAAAGGAGUACGCCAUGGAGCCCUUGGUGAAGCGGAGGCGGGAGGAGAAACUCAAGUGCCCCAUUUGCAACGAGUCCUUCAGGGAGCGCCACCACCUCUCCAGGCACAUGACCUCGCAUAAUUGACACGGAAAGGACCUCCGCUUUCCGCGCGCGCGCACGCACAGUCAAACCACCUGCAGGAACAAACAUGCGAGGACAUCCACCACCUCCUUGUGACUGAAAACAUCACACCCGGAGACACACACACACACAUAGGCACACACACGUGGUCUCCUGCAACCCUUACAUCCAGAUGUUUACCUGUGACCUACACCACACACACACACACACACACACACACACACACACACACGAGACAGGAUGGUGGAUUUUUGAUCGGGUGGGUUGUUUGAAGGGUUUUCUUUUGAAUGCACGCAUUUUCACUUUCCCAAAAGCAAAGGUACAUUUUUUAAAAUGUCAUAUAUUGCAACAUAUUGAUGCAUUUGUCAUACGUUUCUACUUAAAUUAUUAAGCACUUACGGUUUAGAUGUAAUAAUUAUAUGUAAGGGCAAAAUUUAUUUUAGAUAUAAAGUAAAGGAGGAGGGUGAGAUGCUUCCUGCGUUUCUUGAUUACAGUUUGUGUUCUUACAAAAAUAAGCAAAACAAAUAAAAAGGAGGUAACCAUUCAGUUUAAGUUUCCAGGGGGAAGUGCAUGUAUCAUGAAAUGAUUAUGGACUUCAAUGAAGAAUGUCAUCAUUAUGUAAAUAUGUAUUUUCUUUUAAUACAAAGUGUAAUUUUGUGCCAGUGAAAUGGAGUCUGAAUAGUUAUGUGUUUCUUUUAUCCCUGGAAAGAUUUAUUAAACUUUAUAGAUUAUCUGGGUAUGUUGGAUGCUUUGACAAUAAAUGACUAUUUUCCUCAAAGCAAUUAUUGGGAAAGUGUUUUAAAAUGUUUUUUGUAGCUAAAGGCUACACUUUUGAGUGCGUGCUCAGUUGCUUAGUAGUGUCUGACUUUUUCCAACCCUAUGGUUCCUCUGUCCAUGGGAUUAUACUCUGAGUAGAUACCAUGUAUUUUCAUUGAGCCCCUGAAAAGAAGAAACUGCAAAAGAGAGGAAUGAUAAACCCUGCCCUACUUGUAUUAUUUACUCUAAGCCAAUUUUGAGCCUAAAAGUGAGAACACAAGGUGAUUAUUACUUGGGAAAUCUUUAUCUGGAAAGUGUUGCACUUCUUGAUCAAAGCACAAAUCAUUUAAACUAAGAUGCCUGCCAUGAAGCUAACCAGUGUCUGGGAUGUCAACAUUCUUUUCAGCAGCAGGAUAAGUAGCAUCUUCACAAGUGGCCAAAAGACAAACGAUUUUCAGACCUGGAUCAGGGACAACAGGUGAAAAGCCCACUUUUGGUUCUUACUAGUGAUGCUUGCAUGGAGGGGUAUCUUGUGCUCUAGAACCCUUUGACUUUCUGUCAUUAGUUAUUAAGAGACCCUUGGGAGAGUUUCUCCAGAAACUAAGGUGAAAUGACCAUGGUAGUCUAUGUAUUGCAAGGCCCUCUAAAGUUCUGAAUAGCUGCACAGCCUCUGGAAAAAACUAGCCCUGAAGUAUUACAAUACAGACCUAAUAAAUUUCCUCUUCUCCCUGCCCUUCAUCUUAUGAAAAAUCCCUCUGUACUCUUCAUAUAUUGAUAAUAGUUCUUAAAUAGUGUAUGUAUGUAAGUGUAUGUGGUAUGUAGAAAUCAGUAGAUCAAAACCAAAUGGUCCUUUAAGUCUCAGGGUAGCAUGCACUUAAUCCAUGGGCAUCUUCAGAGUAGUCAUUCUACAGGUGCUCUAGUAACCAAUACUACACUGGUUUAUGUAUAUCAGAGGAGGUGUUCCUUCCCAUUUUUAAUUCCUUCAUGUCUUGCCAACCCUCCCCUAUGUCAGAAGGAGAGUAUUUGUGAAAAGUUCUGAAAUGGGAGACUUGUACAAGGUCUUAUUGCAGACCUUCAAUGGCCUUCCCUAAAAGGAUUUUAAAGACUUCAUUAUCUUAAGGGGACUACAUAGCAAGUUACAAUUAGGUAAACAGAGACUAGGGGUAGGGCAGAGAUGGAUCCAUAGUGUGACCACUGAGAUGGGUGAAAAAACAGGUUGACUUCUUAAGAUUACCCAAGUACUUUUUGUGCUACAUUUCUUUGAGACCUGCUCUCAGUUUUCCUAAGCAACAGUCUGAUUAUCUGAAACACUAAUCCCCAGCAAGAUGUGAUGAGAAGAACAGUCCAAAAUUCCUGUUCUGUUUCUGCUCUGCAUGAUUAGUAGGACUUGCAUCAUUAUUGUUGGUAUCAUUACUUUA